AUGGCAAGCGAUACCGACUCAUCCUACGAAACAGAUUCUCUCUACACUGAUCUGUCUGCCUCGGUGACCUCGUCCAUCAGAGAGGGCAGAUUCGAAAACGGCCGCCGGUACCAUGCCCACCGAGAAGGCACUUACCUCCUCCCGGACGAUGAAAAAGAACAGGACAGACUUGAUCUGAUGGGCCACUGCUUCAGCCUCGCUCUCAAGGGCGAGCUAUAUAAAGCGCCCGUGAAAGAUCCCAAACUCUGUCUCGAUAUUGGAACUGGGACAGGACUCUGGGCCCUCGAUUUCGCGGACACCCACCCGGACUGUCAAGUGAUUGGCACCGACUUAAGCCCCAUCCAGCCGUCGUGGUCUGCGCCGAACUGCAAGUUCAUUAUCGACGACGCCAAUGCCGACUGGAUUUAUGCCGAGAAAGGUCAAUUCGACUUCAUACAUGCCCGUUACGUCUACGCUGGCAUCGAUGAUUGGGAUAAGCUGUGGCGACAGAUCUACGAGCACCUUAAAACAGGUGGUUGGGUUGAGCACCAGGAGCCAUCGGCCUGGUUUGAGACAGAAGAUCCGGGGUUCGAAAAUUCGCAGUCGCACUUCUGGCAGGUCCAGACGGACGAAGCAUCCGCGAAAAUGGGAAGAAGAUUCAAUGUUGCGCAUGAGCAGAAGGAUCGUAUGAUCAAGGCUGGCUUCAUAAAUGUCCACCAGCACGUUGUGAAUGUUCCGCUCGGGACUUGGGACCCGGACAAGAUUCAGCUCGGAAAAUGCGCUCUGCUCAACAUGGUUGAGGCGGUUCGGCCAAGCUGCCUGGCAAUUUUUACUCGCGUCCUGGGCUGGGACCUUGUCCGUAGCGAAGCACUGAGUGCAGCCGUCAUCAAAGAGCAACUCUCCCAGAAGUAUAAAACCUACUUCAAGAUAUACUGUACCUAUGGGCAGAAGCCGGAGGCGGCAUGA